AUGCCUUUGAUUGCUAUUAUUGAUACCGGUGUGAUACAUUCUUUUAUUUCUUUGGAUUAUGCUAAGAGAUUGAAUCUUGAAUUAUCUAUUAUGCGUGGAAGCAUGGUUACUUAUACUCCGGCUAUGGGUUCAGUGACUACUUCAUCUGUUUGUUUGAAAUGUCCGUUGAAUAUUUGUGAUAAAGAUUUUGAAGUUGAUUUAGCGUGUCUUCCAUUUAGUCAACUUGAUGUUAUUUUGGGAAUGGACUGGAUGAGGGCCAACCAUGUUUAUAUCAAUUGUUUUGUGAAAGUUGUUCUUUUUCUUGAGCCAGAGAAGGAAGGUGAUUUAUUCUUGUCUACUCAACAAGUGAAUGAAUCUGUGCGAGAUGGUGCUGAAGUGUUUAUGUUGGUGGCAAGUUUGAAGCUUAGUGAAAAUGGAACAAUGGGUGAACUUCCGGUUGUUCGUGAUUUUCCUGAAGUGUUUCCUGAUGAGGUUAGCAAUUUGCCGUCUGAACAUUGA